AAACAGGGCCGAGGCACGCUCUGCUGCAAGGAGAUGUGACGUGCGUUAUCGAGCGUUUAGAGAUUUCGUAAUGAUGUGUUCAUAAAUUUUAUGAUUAAACAUGCAGUUAGUGACUCUUCGAAUAGAAACACAAAAAAUCCCUUGAAACGUCCUUGUAAAUUUUUAAUGAAGAAAACUAGUGACAAUUUUCAGCUGCACUGACUCCAAAUGAAGCUACGUAGUUGAGUUCUGACAGCUUACACCGAUUCUGUUUCCAAGUUCUCUCAGUUUUUCGCUUGGCUGAGGAGCACUGGGACUUGUAUUCCUGGCGCGGUUUGAAGCCGGCCCUUCUCUCGGCACGGGACAGGCACACGUGUGGGACGUCGGCCGGGCCCUCGGCUCCGCAGAGCGCUGUGCAGCGCGGGGUGCCCGUCCUGAGCCGCCGGGGCUGGGGAUGUGUGCGGGCCCAAGCCGUGACCGAACUGCCUCUAAACUGCUGUACGCCUCCACAAAAGCAAGUUUGUCUGUCUGCGAAGCUUCGCUCUUGGUGAACAAACGCAAGCCGACUUGCAAAAUAUUCAAAAUAAUGAUAAUAAAAGAGCUCUUUGGAGUAGCAGUUUUAAUAAAGCUGGGUGACACUAAGCGCACGUUUGUUCAUAUCAGAAAAUGCCACGGUCAUCAAGAUGGAAGAUAAUUAGAAUUUGAAUACAUGUGCUAAUUACUUGAAGGGACAGUAAAAGCGUCGUUAAACCAGAGAUAACCCACACCAGGUAAACAUCUCCCGCGUGGGACGACGGGGUGAGGCCCCACAUCGAACAGGAGACAUCGGAGUGAUGGUGCUGAGGGAAGGUGACGUGGUGAUGUCAGCUGUGAUUGAGAGGAGAGCAGCAGGAGCUGCGGAGGAAGAUGAAGAGCUCUUCCAGCCACGCUGAGCCUGAGCUGUCAGCCGUACAUCCACAAGGUGUCAAAGAGACGAGGAUGAGGUUUUAGUUUGGACGUGGCCUCUUUCAGCUGGAGCUGUCCAUCACAGACAAAGCGCGUCCCCACCACUGAGCGCCGUUUCGGUUGCUGCCGGGGCUCCCCAGCACCGCACGGAGCGUCCGUGGAACUUCGGUCACACCUGGCUCGCAGCGGAGGGCACUGGUCACGGUGCAGCGACGCCCACGCGCGGCUGUGCAGGAAGCACGCGCUGAACUGCCACAGGAUGAAGCCCGCGCUCUUCAGCGUCCUCUGCGAGAUCAAGGAGAAAACAGGUUUGAGCAUCCGAGGAGCCCAGGAGGAAGACCCUCCCGAUCCCCAGCUAAUGAGACUAGACAAUAUGCUUCUGGCAGAAGGAGUCUCAGGUCCGGAGAAAGGUGGGGGAUCGGCGGCAGCAGCUGCAGCCGCAGCAGCCUCUGGAGGGUCUUCAGAUAACUCUAUUGAACACUCAGAUUACAGAGCCAAAUUGACCCAGAUCAGACAAAUCUAUCACACAGAGCUGGAGAAAUAUGAACAGGCAUGUAAUGAAUUUACCACACAUGUGAUGAACCUGCUCAGAGAACAGAGCCGAACGCGUCCCAUUUCUCCUAAGGAGAUUGAAAGGAUGGUGGGCAUCAUUCAUCGAAAAUUCAGCUCCAUCCAGAUGCAGCUCAAGCAAAGUACUUGUGAAGCAGUCAUGAUUUUAAGGUCGAGGUUCCUCGAUGCCAGAAGGAAAAGACGCAACUUCAGUAAACAAGCCACAGAAAUAUUGAACGAGUAUUUUUACUCCCACCUCAGUAACCCUUACCCCAGUGAAGAAGCCAAAGAAGAGCUGGCAAAGAAGUGCAGCAUCACGGUAUCGCAGGUCUCCAACUGGUUUGGCAAUAAGAGAAUCAGGUACAAGAAGAACAUUGGGAAGUUCCAGGAAGAAGCCAAUCUUUACGCAGCGAAGACGGCUGUGACUGCAGCGCACGCCGUGGCCGCGGCCGUCCAGAACAACCAGACCAACUCCCCCACCACGCCGAACUCUGGUUCUUCUGGUUCUUUUAACCUCCCAAAUUCUGGGGACAUGUUCAUGAACAUGCAGAGUCUGAAUGGGGAUUCUUACCAGGGGUCCCAAGUCGGAGCCAAUGUGCAGUCACAGGUGGAUACCCUGCGUCAUGUUAUCAAUCAGACGGGAGGAUACAGUGAUGGCUUGGGAGGAAAUUCACUGUACAGUCCACAUAAUUUAAAUGCUAAUGGAGGCUGGCAGGACGCAACUACUCCAUCUUCUGUGACUUCCCCUACAGAAGGGCCGGGAAGUGUGCACUCUGAUACCUCUAACUAAUCUCCUAGCAACACUUUUUCCCUGAGCUGCGAUGCCUUGAUUAGCGCAUUCAGAGUCACAGGAGAAAAAGGAAAGAAUUUUUUUGUAGCCAACCACCUACAGCUUUACUGUAAAACCUUGUCUUACUAGAAAACUUGGUAAAUCUGUUUUUUAAAGGUAUCAUAAUCAUUUGUAUUUAUACUUAAAACACACGAUGUUAAAAAGCACUUUAUCCAAUUGGGCCAAGAUUUAGCAUUGUUUAUAGCCCUGUAACUAUUUUAUCAUAAUUUAUUAUCAGCGAUUUUAACAGUGUUGGUCUAACAGUUGCCAAUUGCUUGGCCUUAAGGGUAAAAGUACAGUACAAGCUUAACCUCAAUAGCAGGAGCGGGCACAAAGGAACACCUCACCUGAAUCUAACUCGCAUAUUUUCGCGGAAAGUCAACGUGAGUUACAGACUUUGAUUGUGUUUAAUCUUUUCAUCUCUCUAAUAGAGUUGGAAUAAAAAGAUCUGUUUGGUUAUUUCGGUUAACAGCGGUUGUGUUUAAGAAUCCUUAUUCGUCACAUUUUUGUUGUGAUCUAUUGCUUUACCAGUUAGGUUGGAUACCAGGAGCAUCUUUCCUUGCUGACCGCCAGGACCCCCCGCCUGCUCUCUGUCUUUCGGCAAUGGACCUAGAGUGUUCUUAGGAGGUGAAGAUACUUGCUGCUGCUUUCUGGGAGAGCCACGAGCUGGGGUUUUACAGUACGAGUAGGUGCUGCACGCGGCUGCCGAGAUUGGUUACUUCUUCUUGGCAGCCAAACAAACAAAAAACAAAAAGGAAAAGCAAAGGAAAAAGCACCAUUAUAUGGAUUGUUGUACAUAGUGUAGCAAAAGAGUAUUUAUACAUCUCACCAAUCAAAACACAGCUUUAUUACCUCAUGCGAACUCAUACGAACCAAUAGACUUUCAACAUGUUCUGUAGCUUAGAGUGCUCACUUACUACCUCUGAACGAUACUCACGCUGUAGUUUGUCUCUUUCUUAUCUUUUUGCAUCUUGUAAUUAACUCUUUGUUUCCCUCAUAAAUUGUAAUGUACAUUGUAAUCUUUUAAAAGAACCGGGGUUGCAUUUGCAACUUUUAAAGAAGCUGAAGUGGAAACAUUGGGUCUUAGGUUUAACGCAGAACAGUGAAACUGUUGUAAAUACUGAGAAACAUUUUGAAUGUUCUUCAUCUUGUUACUAAUCCACGCAAAAAAUACGACUAAUUGUAAUGCAUACAGACUUCAGUAUCAGUACUGUAUAUUCACCCUGUGUAACAGGGGGCCCUUUCUUUCUCUCUUUUGUAUUGUAUGCGAUUCUGAAACUGAUUGAGUCAUGAAAAUAAUUUGUGGCAGUGAUUCUAAUGUAUUAAAACGUUUCGUGUUACUUUCUAACUGGAUUACACCCUGGAUUGAGAAGUCUUCCUCGUGGUAGUUCUAUGUAGUUUCAAACAUGAAUAAACUUUUUGCUUUCAUGAUCAAA